AUGCAGGACCCUAGUAGUUCUCUUUCUUCCAAGUUCUUCGGCCAGCUAUGUCGCGCUCGGCCGGAGAUUAGUAUGUCAGAGACUGAAACUGGCGGAACCGAUGAUCAAGCAUUUCCCAUCGUUACCGAGGACCAACUCAGUCAAGCAAAGAGAAAUUUUAUCAACUCGCUAGACUCUGAUGCAGUCUGCGCUCUGGCAUCAAGAUACAACAAUGGCCAAACGUGCAGAGUUGUGAGGAAGGAUAACGGCAGUUUCAACGGUUGUUUCUUUGUCGAGUUUGAGCAGGAUGAAUCCCAGUGGAUAGUCAGGAUUCCGAUCGAACCCUCUUUCGGCGAUCCCUGGGACAAGCUGUUGAGCGAGAUAACCACUUUGCAAUUUCUCGAGCGCAAAACUCUGAUCCCUGUUCCUCAUGUUCGUGCGUACGGCCGUGAUGCUAAAUUGACCGAAUCCAGCUCUGGAACGCAGAUGUAUCUCAUUGCAGACUUCAUACCAGGCGAACCAUUGGAUAAGAAACUUUUAUUUCAAGCCGACGACGAAGCCCGACGAAAAUUUUACGCUCAGCUCAUUGACAUCUUAGCUGAGCUCAGAAAACUCGAGUUUACAUCAAUAGGGUCCCUGAUGCCGGAUCCUAAUCAUAGCACGCAUCCUAUUUUGGGUCCUGUCAUGUCCAUGUCUGCUACCACGCUCCGACUGCCCGCUCUGCCGACCCUCGAAACGGCCAAGGAAUACAUGGAAUAUCAAUUUGGUCUCGUGUCAAGCUUUUUUGUGCAGCCAGUUGCCGACCAUGCAACCGAGGACAUCCAAGCAGAAGUUUUCGCACUAGACGGAAUGAAGCGUAUCUUCGAUGAGCUUAUCGAUUCUGAGUUGAACGCAGGGCCUUUUGUACUGAGUCACUUGGACCUACGGAGUCACAACAUCAUCGUGGACCAGGAUUUGCAAAUUCGUGGCAUAAUCGACUGGGAGUUUGCCACUACGGUUCCACUGCAAGUCUUUACCCCGCCGUCGUGGAUUACCGGCCAUGAUUCAAUCUCAACGAACAAGCAGAUACAUGCUGAGUUUCGGAGUGUUUUGGAUGAGAAGAGCGAAACUAACAGGCUUUGCAAACAACUCAGAAAGGAAUGGUAUGGCCUGGGUCCCUACCCAACAGAUGUGGCAUUUUGCGUUGCUCAUGUUCUACGCUGUCCGACUGACGCCACCGACAUUUUUUGUGAUUUUUUUGCUCAUAAACAUUCCGACAAGCCUCUGGAUGAUGUAAUAGCUGAAUUCUUUGACAGAAACCAGGCUCUUGCAUCUGAGGUGCGGCGUCGGACGGAACAGUGUGAGCGCUAUACCCAGUACUUGAAGCAGCACGGCCUAUAUGAGACCGAGGAGGACAGAUUGCUAGCGCAGUCAAAGGCCCUGAAAGAGAAAUGGGGCUGGUCAUAA